AUGUGUAUCAACAGGCCAAAUGACAUUGUCAUAGCUGUUGUCGGACUUGCGGGGGCUGGAAAGAGCACAUUUGUUUCCCAGUGUACCGGUCAGAACGUGGAAAUAGGCCAUAACCUAGACGCAUGUACAAAGCUUGUGGAGCCGUUCACGUUUAAACGCAACGGCUACACAGUCCAUCUUAUCGACACACCUGGCUUCGAUGGAAGCACUACCUCGGAUGUUCUUUUGCUUCAGGACAUUGCAGCUUGCCUGAACCAAGCAUAUACUCAUGGUGUUCAAGUGAGCGGCAUUAUCUAUCUGCAUGCCAUAAACAGCCCUCGCGCCCAAGGCUCUGGUAGGAAAGCACUUCGUAUUGUGAAGAAGAUCUGUGGAGAAGAUGCGUACUCUGUCGUGCUUCUCGGAUCGACAAUGUGGAAUAAGGAAAACUUCUCAGUCGCAAAGAGGCGGGAAGAAGAGUUGAUAAACAGCCAGGAGCUCUGGGGGGAUAUGAUUGCUGCUGGGAGCAAGUCGUUUGCAUUUUAUAACGACCGCGCGUCUGCUUUGAUUGCGUGCGAUUACAUUAUUCAACAGGGGCAGAAGAGGACACUGGCGCUGCAGCACCAGAUGGUCAAUGAGCACAAGUCGUUGGAUGAGACAGAGGCAGGGAUUGAGAUACAGGGCGAUGUUUUACGUGUUCGAGAGCUUUGCAGGUCCAACCUCGCAGAAGCAAGGAGGGAGGCAAAAAGAGCAGCGAGGUUGAACAAUGAACAGGUUGCAUCUGCGCUUAAUGCAUCGAAGGAGGAUUUACGAUUGCAGUUGUAUAAUAGUGAAAGAGCUCUGACCAUAAUGCAUGGAGAUAUGGAGGCGUUGCAUGCACGGAGCGAAGCUGCACUGAGGGAAGAAUUAGAUAGGUUGGAGAGGAAUAGAGAGCGGGACGAACAACAGCGAGUAGAGAUGGAAUUGAAGAUGGGGAUACUAGAGGAUCGACUACAAGCCCAAGGGCUGGAGAUUGGACCCGGAUCGGCUUUCUCCCGCAAAACAAUCUCCGGUGGAAUGCCGCAAAGCCCUGAGGAGGUCGCCAGGCUCUUGGAAAAGUACAACGAUUGCAAGAAAGAAUUGGAUCUUUGUCAAAAACGACAAGAUAUCAACAGGCAUCGUGAGAAUACUUGUCUGCUUAGGAUUGGAACUGGAGCUGGUGUUGUAGGCACUGCGUUUCAAAUCGCGUCAGUGGGUAUGGCUGCGGCAGCUUGUACUAUUAUGUAG